AUCCACGCUAUAUCUAUAAUCUAUAUCUACCAAUCCCAUCAUCUUCAACUGCAAGUCUUCAACAAACAUACAUACAAACUUCACAGCAAAAUUUGCAGAUAUUUUAGCCAUAACAUGUCGUGGCAAGCGUACGUCGAUGACCACUUGAUGUGCGAGAUCGAAGGCAAUCACCUCACUGCUGCCGCUAUUAUCGGUCAUGACGGCAGUAUUUGGGCUCAAUCCGCUACUUUCCCUCAGGUGAAGCCAGAGGAAAUAACAGCGAUUAUCAAUGACUUCAAUGAGCCUGGCUCACUUGCUCCAACUGGCUUACACCUUGGUGGGACCAAAUAUAUGGUGAUUCAAGGCGAGGCAGGAGCCGUUAUUCGAGGCAAAAAGGGACCGGGUGGUGUUACGGUCAAGAAGACCGGAAUGGCUAUAAUCAUCGGCAUCUAUGACGAGCCCAUGACUCCCGGCCAAUGUAAUAUGAUUGUGGAAAGGCUCGGUGACUACCUCCUUGACCAGGGUUUUUAAUUUGUUCGGGAAAUGAUACGGUGUGACAAUAUAUUGAAGAUUAAUCAAACUUAUGGUGGUGUCCUCAUUAUAUUAAUUGUUUUUUUUUUUUAAUGAAACUUGUUUUGGUGGAUAUUCCAAAUGCUUUAUCAUCCUCGUAUGUUUGUGUAUGCUAUUAAAUUUUUACCCUAUUUUUUACUAUCAUUAAUCUCAUAUAAUUUGCAUA